AUGCCUGGAAAGCCGGCGGCAGAGCACCCCUGUCGCCACCGGGCCGAGCGUCCCGGUCCCGGUCAGUCCGUCAGUCCCGGCCAGUCCCAGUCCCGGUCAGUCCCGGUCAGUCCCGGCCAGUCCCAGUCCCGGUCAGUCCCGGUCCCGGUCAGUCCCAGUCCCGGUCAGUCCCAGUCCCGUCCCAGUCCCGGUCAGUCCCAGUCCCGGUCCCGGUCAGUCCCAGUCAGUCCCGGUCAGUCCCAGCCCCGGCCAGUCCCGGUCAGUCCCAGUCCCGGCCAGUCCCGUCCCGGUCAGUCCCGGCCAGUCCAGGUCAGUCCGUCAGUCCCAGUCCCGGUCAGUCCCGGUCAGUCCCGGUCAGUCCCAGUCCCGGCCAGUCCCGGUCAGUCCCAGUCCCGUCCCGGCCAGUGCGGCUGCGGCUCAUCCGAUACAAGUCCCGCCGGUAUGUUCCCUUCAGUUUCAUCACGGGUCACGAUCAGCAGGGAUGAGACUGCCGGGCAGGUGGCAGCCCCUGCCGGGCAGGAGGCAGCCCCUGCCGGGCAGGUGGCAGCCCCUGCCGGCUCGGCACGCCUCGUCCACCCGCAGCUCGGCCAGCUCAGAGACCUGAUACA